AUGAUGGUGAUAAGAGCUGAGAGUAAUCGCACAGAGAUCGAUCUAAUUGAGGCGCCGGGCCCUGAAGAAAUAAUAUUAGAUGACGGCAGUCUCUACAACAUAGACAACAUUAGUCUCUGCAAGGAUGUUGCUAAUAGAGUCUUUCUGCCGUAUGUAGGAGACUGCAGAAAGUAUUACCUGUGCUGGGAUGGCGAGGCUGUGGAGAAGCAAUGCAACAAGGACUACGAGUUCAAUGCCCGAAACCAGAGCUGCGGAUAUCCAAAUAGUGCGACAUGCGUGCCCGAAUGUGAAGCUUUCAAUCUGACCACCUUCUGCUACGAUCGCACCUGCACCAGAUACGUGCUCUGCUAUUUCGGCAUUCCAGUUCUGAGGGAGUGCCACGAUGGACUGCAGUACAACGCGGAAACGGAUCGCUGCGAUUUCCCUCAAUAUGUGGACUGUGUGGACAAUGAGUGCAUGAGACUAAAUGAGACGACGGAGCUGUUGUACUUACCCAGCAAGGCUUCGUGCUCCAAGUAUUUCCUGUGCGCAAAGGGCGUUCCCAUUAACUACACCUGUGCCGAGGGCUUGUAUUUUAGCACCAGUUGCAAUUGCUGUGAUUAUCCAGAGAAGUCUGACUGCCAGAUUCCAGCAUUGAAGCGCAAUAUUCAGCCGUAUGCCCGUGUACCGCUCCGCAGCGCUGAUGUCAUCUGUCCAGAUCAUGGAGUGCACUUCUACGCCCACAAGUCCCGCCGCGAUGCCUACUACUACUGCAUUGAGGGCCACGGUGUUACCUUGGACUGCACGCCGGGUCUGUGGUACGAUGCAGUUGUUAAAGAAUGUCGCGAGCCCAAAUAUAUUGGCCACUGA